CCCAACGCAUCCCCGCUGCCAUGGGGGGUAUCUCUCCCCCUCCGCAGCCCCCCCCCCCCACCCCUCCGUGCACCGCGGGACCCCCCUUCCCGAGGGAGCAGGACCCCGCUCGCUCAGCCGCGGUGGCCGGUGGCCCGUGUCCCACCGCGGCGCCCCUUGGCCGGAGGCCCGGCAUGGGCGGCCGCUGCCCCCUCCGGCAUAAAAGGGCCGGGGCGGGCGCGGGCAGCGGCGUGGGCAGCGCACACAGCCCCGGCACCGCUGCUGCCAUGGGGACCCGCGGCUGCUGCCUCCUGCUCGCCCUAGCGUUGCUCGCUCCCCCCUCCGCCGUUGCCAGGAAGUGCAACCUGCAGGGCCUGUGGAGGAACGAGCUGGGCUCCAACAUGACCCUCUCGGCCCUGGAUGCAGCCGGAACCUUCUUGGGCUCCUACCACACUGCCGUGGCAGCCACCAACAACCAGAUCCUGCUGUCACCCCUGCAAGGGUCCCUGCAGCACUCCAGUACCAAGGGGCAGCCCACCUUCGGCUUCACCGUGCAGUGGCUGUUUGCAGACUCCAUCACCGCCUUUGUGGGCCAGUGCUUUGUGGACCGCCGCGGGAAGGAGACGCUGGAGACUACGUGGCUCAUCCGGGAAGAGGUCCCAUCCCGCAGAGACUCCUGGAGAGCCACCAGGGUCGGCACCUCCACCUUCACCCGCAUCAAGUGAUGGGGAUGGAGACGAGAGCUGCUUGCACCCUGUUCUCCCACCUGCAUCCCCGAGGCUCUCCACUGCACUGGUCCCAGGCUGGGAUCCUGCCUGCUCACAGUUGCCUAGCUGGGAAACACUGCUUCCUCCCAGUGCCUCCGAGCAUCCUGCUGGUGGGGUCCCCCCUUCCCAAAGCUUGUUGCCCCCAUACAUGGAGCUGAAUAAAUCUUUCUGUGCCUGGCAAAGA